CUCAGCUGGCUCAAUGGGAACCAGUUUUUGCGAGAGUUUCAGUUUAGGGGCAGGGAAAAAAAAAAAGAAAAAAGAGCAGGAGCGGUCCUCCCGGUGGCGCCGCGGAAGGGCGAGGAAGAGCGGAAAAGAGAACGGCGAGGAGGGAAGCAAAGGCGAAGGGAUUUAUUUGCAGAAGAAGAAGAAGAAGAAGCCAUCAAAGCGGGUUUUAAAAGAGGGCAAAUUAAGAGACGCGGGAGGGGGGAGAAAGGAGAAGGAAAUGGAGAAGAAACUAGAAGGGACGGAGGCGUGAAAGAGCAGCAGAAGGGCCCUCUACUUCCUGCGGCUCAGAAGAGGAAGAUCUGAUUGCAAACAAGUUAUCUGCAAGGGGCAGCCCAGGGGCAGCCACCAAGCGGCGGGGGGGCGGCUUCUUCUCUCCCCCCCCCUUGGGGACCCCGAUCCACAACAUCUGCUCCGAAGUUCCGGCCGCCGCCGCCAGCUGGCGCUCUUCGCGGGCCGCCGCCGCCGCCGCCGUCCCUUGGCAAGCAGACUGACCGCUGCUGGUCUCCGCGCUCGGCUUUUGCACCACUUCGGGAUUAUCUCACUUUUUUAAAAAUUGCGUGUUGUUGGAUUUUUUUUUUAUUUUUUGGGGUGGGUAAACUAAAGGGGAAGUGGCUGAAAAUGAGCCAAGAUGUCUGACAAAAUGUCCAGCUUUCUGUACAUCGGGGACAUCGUCUCCCUCUACGCCGAGGGCUCGGUCAGUGGCUUCAUCAGCACCUUGGGGCUGGUGGAUGACAGAUGUGUCGUUCAGCCCGAAGCAGGUGAUCUUUGCAAUCCUCCUAAGAAAUUCAGAGAUUGCCUUUUUAAAGUAUGUCCUAUGAACCGAUACUCUGCACAGAAGCAAUACUGGAAGGCCAAGCAAGCAAAACAAGGGAACCACACAGAAGCAGCCCUGCUGAAGAAGCUGCAACAUGCAGCGGAAUUAGAACAAAAACAGAAUGAAUGUGAAAACAGAAAGUUGCUAGGUGAAAUUGUGAAAUACAGCAAUGUCAUCCAGGUNNNUCACAUCAAAAGCAACAAAUACCUUACUGUCAAUAAGAGAUUGCCAGCCCUUUUGGAGAAGAAUGCUAUGCGGGUCUCUUUGGAUGCUGCUGGGAAUGAAGGAUCCUGGUUUUAUAUCCAGCCCUUCUGGAAACUGAGGAGCGAAGGUGACAAUAUCGUUGUUGGUGACAAAGUUGUACUAAUGCCAGUCAAUGCAGGACAACCUCUUCAUGCCAGCAACAUAGAACUCCUGGAUAAUCCAGGGUGCAAAGAGGUAAAUGCUGUUAAUUGCAACACCAGCUGGAAAAUAACCUUAUUCAUGAAAUACAGUUGCUACAGAGAAGAUGUGCUUAAAGGUGGAGAUGUUGUCAGGUUGUUUCAUGCUGAGCAGGAGAAGUUCCUGACCUGUGAUGACUAUCAGAAGAAACAGCAUAUCUUUCUUCGCACAACAUUACGUCAGUCAGCUACUUCUGCAACAAGUUCCAAAGCCUUGUGGGAGAUAGAGGUGGUGCAUCAUGACCCAUGCCGUGGAGGAGCAGGGCAGUGGAACAGUCUAUUCAGAUUUAAGCAUCUGGCAACUGGCAACUACUUGGCGGCAGAGCUUAAUCCACAUUAUCCAGAUGGCAGUGAUGGGGAAAAGACUGCGAGAGACAGUGACCUUCUCUCUUCAAAGAAGAAACGACUGGCAGGGGAGAAGAUUAUGUACACUUUGGUGUCGGUGCCACAUGGAAAUGACAUUGCCUCUCUUUUUGAACUGGAUGCCACUACUCUUCAGCGAGCUGACUGCCUGGUUCCAAGGAAUUCGUAUGUUCGACUGAGACACCUUUGCACCAACACAUGGGUCACCAGUACCAAUAUUCCGAUAGACAAAGAUGAAGAAAGGCCUGUGAUGUUAAAGAUUGGAACAUGCCAGACAAAAGAAGACAAGGAAGCAUUUGCUAUUGUAUCUGUUCCUCUGUCUGAGGUUAGAGAUCUAGAUUUUGCAAAUGAUGCCAACAAAGUAUUAGCGUCAACUGUUAAAAAGCUGGAGAAUGGAUCCAUAACACAAAAUGAAAGAAGGUUUGUAACCAAACUAUUGGAAGAUCUCAUUUUCUUUGUUGCUGAUGUGCCCAAUAAUGGCCAAGAAGUUUUGGAUGUGGUAGUCCUUAAGCCGAACCGAGAAAGGCAGAAAUUAAUGAGGGAACAAAAUAUAUUGGCACAGAUAUUUGGAAUCUUAAAAACUCCAUUUAAAGACAAAGCAGGAGAAGGAGCCAUGCUGAGACUUGAAGAUCUGGGUGACCAGAGAUAUGCGCCAUACAAAUACAUGCUGAGGCUUUGCUAUAGAAUCCUCCGGCAUUCCCAGCAGGACUACAGAAAAAAUCAGGAAUACAUCGCUAAGAACUUCUGCGUCAUGCAGUCCCAAAUUGGCUAUGAUAUCUUGGCAGAAGACACUAUCACAGCUUUGUUGCACAACAACAGAAAGCUACUAGAGAAACAUAUCACAGCUAAAGAAAUAGAGACAUUUGUGAAUUUACUGAGGAGAAAUCGAGAGCCAAGGUUUUUGGACUAUCUGUCAGAUCUGUGUGUUUCUAACACCACUGCAAUCCCAGUCACUCAGGAACUUAUUUGUAAAUAUAUGCUGAGCCCAGGGAAUGCUGACAUUCUCAUUCAGACAAAGCUGGUUUCAAUGCAAAUGGACAACCCUUUGGAUUGCCCCACUCUCUCCGAUGAUAUGGACGAAGAAGAAGUUUGGCUUUACUGGAUUGACAGCAACAAGGAACCUCAUGGUAAAGCAAUCAGGCAUCUUGCUCAAGAAGCUAAGGAGGGCACCAAAGCCGAUUUAGAAGUCCUCACAUACUACAGGUAUCAAUUGAACCUGUUUGCAAGGAUGUGCUUGGACCGUCAAUAUUUAGCCAUAAACCAGAUUUCUACCCAGCUCUCAGUAGAUCUGAUCCUGCGCUGCAUGUCAGAUGAAAGCCUGCCUUAUGACCUGCGUGCCUCUUUCUGCCGCCUCAUGUUGCAUAUGCAUGUGGACAGAGAUCCUCAGGAGACAGUGGUGCCUGUGAAGUAUGCCAGGCUGUGGACUGAAAUUCCCGUCAAGAUCACUAUCCAUGAGUAUGAUUCUUUCACAGAUUCAUCACGGAAUGACAUGAAGAGGAAAUUUGCUUUGACAAUGGAGUUUGUAGAAGAAUACUUAAAAGAAGUUGUAAAUCAGCCCUUUCCUUUUGGAGACAAAGAGAAGAAUAAGCUCACUUUUGAGGUAGUACAUCUGGCUCGCAAUCUGAUCUACUUUGGCUUUUAUAGUUUCAGUGAGCUCCUCAGGCUGACGAGAACACUGCUGGCUAUUCUUGACAUCGUACAAAUGCCCAUGUCAUCUUAUCUUGAAAGAUUAAGCAAAUUUCAGGAUGGAGGAAACAACGUUAUGAGGACCAUUCAUGGUGUGGGAGAAAUGAUGACUCAAAUGGUUCUCAGCAGAGGUUCUAUCUUUCCUAUUUCUGUACCUGAUGUCCCACAAAAUGUCCAUCCAAGCAAACAGGCCAGUAUUGUUGAGAGUGAAGAUGUCACUGUGAUGGACACCAAGUUAAAAAUCAUUGAGAUUUUACAGUUUAUUCUUAGUGUUCGGCUUGACUACAGAAUAUCCUACAUGCUAUCUAUUUACAAGAAGGAAUUUGGAGAGACUGGUGAAAAUGCUGAUAGUUCUGUAUCUUCUCCACCUGAGUCACCAUCUGUCACCUCAGCAGUUGUUCCAGACAUAAAUGAAAUUGCUGCUCAAGCAGAAACUAUGUUUGCAGGCAGAAAAGAAAAAAAUGCAGUACAGCUGGAUGAUGAAGGGGGCAGGACAUUUUUGCGAGUCCUCAUUCAUCUUAUUAUGCACGACUACCCGCCUUUGCUUUCAGGAGCCCUACACUUACUGUUUAAACACUUCAGCCAAAGAGCAGAGGUCCUGCAAGCAUUUAAACAGGUUCAGUUGCUGGUGUCUAAUCAAGAUGUGGACAACUACAAACAAAUUAAAGCUGAUCUUGAUCAGCUGAGGCUUACUGUAGAAAAAUCUGAACUUUGGGUGGAAAAGAGCAGCAAUUAUGAGAGUGGCGAUCUAGGUGAAAGCCAGACAAAAGGAAACGAUGAGCCCAAUGAGGAAUCAAAUAUAUUAAGUCCAGUCCAGGAUGGGAGUAAGAAGCCUCAGAUUGACAGCAAUAAGAGUAACAACUACAAUAUUGUUAUGGAGAUUUUGAACCGCUUAUGCAAACUCUGUGUCCAGAACAAAAAAUGUCGAAAUCAACAACAACGAUUGCUGAAAAAUAUGGGUGCCCACAGUGUGGUGUUAGAUCUUCUGCAGAUACCUUAUGAGAAGACGGAUGAAAAGAUGAAUGAAAUCAUGAACUUAGCUCACAUGUUUCUUCAGAACUUCUGUCGUGGAAAUCCUCAAAAUCAAGUUCUUCUUCAUAAACAUCUCUCCUUAUUCCUAACUCCUGGUCUACUUGAGGCUGAAACCAUGAGGCACAUAUUUACAAACAACUACCAUCUGUGCAAUGAAAUCAGUGAGCGGGUGGUGCAGCACUUUGUGCACUGCAUUGAGACGCACGGCCGCCAUGUGGAAUACCUACGCUUCCUGCAAACUAUUGUGAAAGCUGAUGGCAAGUAUGUCAAGAAAUGCCAAGACACGGUUAUGACAGAGCUAGUCAAUGCAGGUGAAGAUGUGCUAAUCUUUUACAACGACAGAGCGUCAUUUCCCAUUCUUCUUCACAUGAUGUGCUCUGAGCGAGAGCGAGUGGAUGAGAGCGGGCCUUUGGUUUAUCACAUCACCCUGGUGGAAUUGCUCGCAGCAUGUACAGAAGGGAAGAAUGUUUACACCGAGAUUAAAUGUAAUUCCCUUCUUCCACUGGAUGACAUAGUAAGAGUGGUGACUCAUGAUGACUGCAUACCUGAGGUGAAGAUUGCAUACGUGAACUUUGUCAAUCAUUGCUAUGUAGACACUGAGGUGGAAAUGAAAGAAAUUUACACCAGUAACCACAUCUGGAAACUAUUUGAGAACUUCCUUGUUGAUAUGGCAAGGGUAUGUAACACAACCACAGACAGAAAACAUGCAGAUUUAGCUCUGGAGAAAUAUGUGACUGAACCAGUAAUGAGCAUAGUGAGUGGCUUCUUCAAUUCUCCAUUUUCUGACAACAGCACAAGCCUCCAGACACACCAGCCUGUUUUUAUUCAGUUGCUGCAGUCUGCAUUCAGAAUUUACAAUUGUACCUGGCCUAAUCCAACACAGAAGUCUUUUGUGGAAUCCUGCAUCAAAACUUUAGCUGAAGUUGCAAAGAACCGCGGAAUUGCAAUACCAGUAGAUUUGGACAGUCAAGUCAACACUUUAUUCAUGAAGAGUCACACUAACAUGGUCCAGAGAGCUGCAAUGGGCUGGAGAAUGACUGCUCGCAGUGGUCCUCGCUUUAAAGAAGCCCUUGGAGGGCCAGCCUGGGAUUAUAGGAACAUCAUUGAGAAACUACAGGAUGUAGUAGCCUCUUUGGAACAGCAAUUCAGUCCUAUGAUGCAGGCUGAAUUUUCAGUGUUGGUUGAUGUAUUGCACAGUCCUGAACUUCUCUUUCCUGAGGGAAGUGAUGCUAGAAUCAGAUGUGGAGCUUUCAUGUCCAAAUUGAUAAAUCAUACAAAAAGGCUAAUGGAGAAGGAAGAAAAACUCUGCAUAAAGAUUCUCCAGACAUUACGAGAAAUGUUAGAGAAAAAGGACAGCUUUGCAGAAGAGGGCAGCAACCUAAGGAAAAUACUUCUUGCUCGCUAUUUUAAAGGUGACUAUGGAAGCAGCAGCAAUGGCCCUCUGUCUGGCAACUUUGGCAAAGCCACCCAAGGAGGAGGCAGUUUCUCGGGGCAAGAUUCAGAUAAGUCUGGUGUAUCGAUGCAUGAUAUCCAGUGCCUUCUGGAUAAAGAAGGAGCAUCGGAACUUGUCACAGAUGUCAUUGUUAGUACGAAAAAUGACAGGAUAUUCACUGAAGCAAUCUUGUUGGGUAUCGCAUUGCUUGAAGGAGGAAACACACAAAUUCAGUAUUCCUUCUAUCAGCAACUGAAUGAACAGAAAAAAUCGGAGAAAUUUUUCAAAGUUCUGUAUGAUCGAAUGAAAACAGCCCAACAAGAAAUCCGAUCAACAGUAACAGUAAACACAAUAGAUCUGAGCAGCAAAAAGAAGGAGGAGGACAACGACUUGACCAUGUCAGUUCCGAAAAAGAGAGUGAGAGACUCAAAGUUGCAUCUAAAGGAAGGAAUGAAAGGGCAGUUGACAGAAGCCUCCACAGCAACCUCCAAAGCUUACUACAUAUACCGUAGAGAAAUGGAUCCAGAAAUUGAUUUCAUGAGCCCAGGGACAGACCCAGGAAAUGUAGAAGAAAAAUCAGCAGAAGAAAUGACAAUGAGCCCUGCCAUUAUCAUCAUGCAGCCAAUAUUGAGAUUUCUUCAGUUGCUCUGUGAGAAUCACAACAGGGAACUCCAGAACUUUUUAAGAAACCAGAACAACAAAACCAACUACAACCUUGUAUGUGAGACACUUCAGUUUUUGGAUUGCAUUUGUGGAAGUACAACAGGUGGGCUGGGCCUGCUGGGACUCUACAUCAAUGAGAAGAAUGUUUCUCUGGUGAACCAAACACUUGAAAGCUUGACUGAAUACUGCCAAGGCCCGUGCCAUGAAAACCAGACAUGCAUUGCUACCCAUGAGUCUAAUGGCAUAGACAUUAUCAUUGCGCUGAUCCUAAAUGACAUCAAUCCACUUGGAAAAUAUCGAAUGGACUUGGUGCUUCAGCUGAAGAAUAAUGCCUCCAAACUUCUGCUGGCUAUAAUGGAAAGCAGGCAUGACAGCGAGAAUGCUGAAAGAAUUCUUUUCAAUAUGAGACCGAGAGAGCUGGUGGAUGUAAUGAAGAAUGCAUACAAUCAGGGUCUUGAGAGUGACCAUGAGGAAGAGGCUGGUGAUGACAUUAUUUCACCGAAAGAUGUUGGACAUAAUAUCUAUAUCUUAGCUCAUCAGCUGGCUCGUCACAAUAAAAUACUGCAACACAUGCUGAAGCCUGGGUCUGAUCCAGAAGAAGGAGAUGAAGCUUUGAAACACUAUGCCAACCACACAGCACAGAUUGAGAUUGUCCGCCAUGACAGAACUAUGGAACAAAUAGUUUUCCCUGUGCCAAAUAUCUGUGAAUUCCUCACUCAUGAAUCCAAGUGCCGUGUGUUCAACACAACGGAGAGAGAUGAGCAAGGAAGCAAAGUGAAUGACUUUUUCCAACAGGCUGAGGAUCUGUAUAAUGAAAUGAAGUGGCAAAAGAAAAUCAGGAAUAAUCCAGCUCUCUUCUGGUUCUCUCGACACAUUUCCCUCUGGGGAAGCAUAUCUUUCAAUCUGGCUGUUUUCAUCAAUCUGGCAGUAGCACUUUUCUACCCCUUUGGAGAUGAUGGAGAUGAAGGCACUCUUUCUCCAUUAUUUUCUGUUCUUCUGUGGAUAGCAGUGGCUAUCUGUACGUCUCUGCUUUUCUUCUUCCCCAAGCCUGUGGGUAUUCGGCCAUUUCUUGUGUCCGUGAUGCUGAGAUCCAUAUACACAAUUGGCCUUGGGCCUACUUUGAUCCUUCUUGGUGCUGCUAAUCUUUGUAACAAGAUUGUCUUUUUGGUGAGCUUUGUUGGGAAUCGUGGCACUUUCACUCGUGGAUACAGGGCGGUCAUCAUGGACAUGGCAUUUCUCUACCAUGUUGCUUACGUCCUUGUCUGCAUGCUGGGCCUCUGUGUGCAUGAAUUCUUUUACAGCUUCUUGUUGUUUGACUUGGUGUACAGAGAGGAGACCUUAUUGAAUGUCAUUAAAAGUGUUACACGUAACGGCCGCUCCAUUAUCCUGACAGCUGUCCUAGCUCUCAUCCUUGUUUAUCUCUUCUCCAUUGUUGGGUUCUUGUUCUUGAAAGAUGAUUUCAUUAUGGAAGUAGAAAGACUGAAAAACAGAACCCCCAUUGCAGACAGUGACCCAUUCCCCACCACUAGCUUAACAACAAUGGGAAUAUGUUCAACAGAGAACUGUACUACCACAAUACCAGCUGUACCAUCAGAUGAAGAGGCUGAUGAGGAUGGGAUAGAGAGGACAUGUGACACUCUGCUAAUGUGUAUUGUGACAGUCUUGAAUCAAGGCCUGAGGAAUGGUGGUGGAGUUGGAGAUGUGCUCCGAAAACCUUCCAAAGAUGAACCACUCUUUGCUGCUCGAGUUGUUUAUGAUCUCCUAUUUUAUUUCAUUGUUAUCAUUAUUGUCCUGAACCUCAUCUUUGGAGUCAUCAUUGAUACGUUUGCAGAUCUCAGAAGUGAAAAGCAGAAAAAAGAAGAAAUAUUAAAAACAACAUGUUUCAUCUGUGGACUUGAACGAGACAAAUUUGACAACAAGACAGUUUCAUUUGAGGAGCACAUAAAGUCAGAACACAACAUGUGGCACUACCUCUACUUCAUAGUUCUAGUCAGAGUGAAAGACCCAACAGAAUACACUGGUCCUGAAAGUUAUGUGGCUCAGAUGAUUGCGGAAAAGAAUUUAGACUGGUUCCCCCGGAUGAGAGCAAUGUCCCUGGUCAGCAAUGAAGGGGACAGUGAACAGAAUGAAAUUAGAAACCUCCAAGAGAGAUUGGAAUCUACUAUGAGCUUGGUCAAGCAGCUCUCUAGUCAACUAGCUGAGCUUAAAGAACAGAUGACAGAACAAAGGAAAAACAAGCAGAGGCUGGGCUUUCUUGGAUCAAACGCACCCCAUGUGAACCAUCACAUGCCACCACACUGAUACCAGGGAGGAGGGGAAGCCGUGACUAGCCUUUCAUCAGUAUUCUCGCUUGAUUACCGAAUGAAAAAGCUGAGAUCGGGAGCGCUGAACGGCGCCUAUUGUUGUGAAGUUACAAACAACCGAGUGCCAAGAUGUUAAGUGGUUUAGCUCUGGGAACAAUUUGUAACUGUUUUUUUUUUUCACAGUUGAAAGGGGCCACGGGCUCGAAUGUCACAGAUAAUGGCGGCAGGGGGUGGGGUGGGGAGAGAGACUUCUGGAUGGUACCCCUGGCGAAAAAGGAAAGGAAAAAGAAAAAGAGAUAAAUGUGGCCUUAGUACUGUCUUGUAAUUUAAUUUACUUCUUUAAGGGACUGCAGGCAGAUGCGAAGGCAAAGUAGAAUCUGACUCUUGUUAUUUUGAAUGCUGUUGCAAGAAUCUUUGUAAAAACCAACGGAGUCACCAAGAAGGAAUGGCUUAUUAACACAGAAUGCAAAGGCCUCAUUCAGAAUUUGUAGGAGUUCUUUGUCGUUGCCUUUGCUGACCAGCAUCAUUUGUCAUGUUUACUUGGCAUUUGCUCUUGCUCUCUCUUCUCUUCUCUUUUAAAUUACCAUAAACAUGUCAUUGGAGAAAGCAAUAAUAUUACAUGUUGGAUAAUGAACAAAACUAUCCUUUUAAAGAAAAAUUGUUUCACUCCUUCAAAAACAGAGGAUUGCUGAGGAAAGCAAUGAUGCUAAGAGAGUUCCUAGUGGUCUGCUGCACUCGUCCUUAUUUAUAGCGAAGAGCACAGGAGAGCCCGCAGCUGGGAGAACUUGAAAUGUAUGCACAUACCACUGACAACAUUAACUGGAAAUAAUCUCUUCAUUCCUGGAUUUGUAUGUUUCCUAUUAAUGUGGAGGCAAGGGGAGAUUUCACCUUAUAGUGGUCUUUUAACUGAGUUUUAAAAUUCACAUUCUAGGGAGAGGAUUGGUGAGAGAAAAUUUUAUGUUUUAUAAUUAGUAUUAGAGAUUAAUUCCAGUGCAUAAACAACUUUGAAACAGCUUUCUAGGAAAAAUUGUAAUUGGACUGUUAUUGUCAAAUCACACAAAGAAACGAGGUGCAAUUUGGAUUCCAUGCCGUUUCUUACUGUUCCCAUGCAAGAUGUUUCUCAGAUAAGAUUACCCAGGAUUGCAGUUUUUAUAACUUCAGUGAAAUAUCAGGUUCUGGUAUUUUAGAAUAUUCAGAAUCAGGAUUUUACCAUUUAUAAAUCAAAUGUGCAGGGGUGUUUCCUACUGGGACAAUCCAAGAGACUUUAAACUCUUAUAAAUUAGGACUGAAAGGCAUCUGUCGCAGCAAUUUUAGUGAGUCUUAAUCCCCCAUGUGUGCAUGCAUCUGGUUUAAGCUUUUCAGUCCAAAUGCUGAAAAGGAAUUAUAAAAGAUAUUUCUGAUACCUUUGCCCCAAUAAAACAGGUAACAUUGAUUAUAUGUUGCAGCAAUAGUGGAAAAUUCGAAAAGGAUUCUCAUCUUACUUUUUAAAACUGAAUAUUCCGCAAAUGCAAUCCAAAUCAGUAAAAUUAUUCCACCAUGUAUUAUAGUUCUACAUCAUGAUUACUUUGCAAGCUCUGUCAGCGUGCAGUAAAGGUCUUGUGUGCCACACUUGUUGCAUUUUCCUGAACAGCCCUCCAUUCAUUUUCAUGAACCAUAUGUAAAAGCAGUUUAAAACCCCUGUUUCUUGCACUGAAUAGUGAGUUAUGCAGACAAUAGUCUAUCAUCUGCUGGAUUUAUUGAUGAGGGAGUCUCCGUCUCUAGAGUGAUAUAUAUGGGGUUCAAGGAGGGAGAAACGUUCUUUCAUAGUGUAUCAAUUGCAUUUUUCCUGUCACAGAUUUCUAUUAUCCUAACAAGGUCAGAAUGAGUUUUCUAUCUGAACCGUAGGGUAAAAUCAAAACAACUUACUGCGAGUAACUUCAGGUGCCUAUAUUUAAACAUAACUGAAAUGCCUGGGAUUGAAACCCAAAUGCCUUAAGACCACCCCUUUGCAUUUCUCUGCAGAUAUGAAGGGCCUAUUGACUAAACCCCUCCAUAGAAUGCAAGACAAUCUACAAAACAGGUCUAUCUUUUGUCAGAAUGGCUGCUGAUAUAAUAAGGGUUGUAGAUGUUGCAGUGACAGGCUGGAUGAUUUUGUACACCACAUUUCUGGAGGGAAAGAAAAGAGCUGCAGAUUGAUAAGGGAAUCAAUAGCAACAUACCGCAAGCUGUACCGCGGCAGUCACUCAAAAGCUGAGCACAUAAAGUGUCUGCAUAUCAAGUCCCAGGGUCCUUGGCAUCUCUAACAACAAAGCUUGGAAAAAUCUUUUCUUGAUCCUUCAGAGAGUUUGCCAGUCUUGAGUAAACACUGCUGAGCUAAAUGCAUUAGUGGCCUACUGCAUAUCAUUCAGCAGAAAUAGGCACCUACUGCAUAUGAUUUAGGCAUACUUUCUUUGCGUUUUGCUAACUCACCACAUGUGAACUAGUUAUAGAUCUCUUUUCGCUUCCCAUAUGCUACAGAAACAACAUGGAGCCAUAGAGGGGGAAAGAUGGGUUGCUUUUCAUAAAUCUCAGACUUGAAGUGGGUGUGUACUAGAUUUUUGCCAUAGGAUGCCUUCUUCCAUUAUGUACAAAGAUGCUCCCAAUGGAAGGCGGCAUCAAACAAGCAGAAAGCACCGAAAAAGGAGAUGUUUAAGUCAUAAAUGGCAGAGGACAUAGUUCUCAAGUACAUUUUCAGAGCCUGAUUUCCCUAAAAUGUAGUGAAAUUUAAUGUCCCCUUAAUUUCAAUUUUAUCCAACUAUGAAUAAAAUGUUCGAUAUAGAAGUGCUUAGCAGGCGAAGAAAACAUAAGAUGAAAGUACUGAAUUUAGCUAAGUGAUAACUUUAAAACUUAUCAACAAGUUGAGUUGCCCUAAAACUCAUCAGCAAAAAAUUAACGAUCAGGUUGUUAUCAAUUCACACUUCUGAAGUUGUGCUGGCCCAAAGAAUUUCACCUAAUUUUUUGGAUUAACUUUUGAAGUUAGACAUCUAUGCACUCUGGGGUGGGAGUGGGUUUACCUUCUUGAGAUAUGGGUGUCCAAAAGCUUUUCCUGAUGAAAAACAAGAACUGCCUGGUGCUGUUUUUUUAAUCUGAGACAUGAUGUUUCAUUUUGGGGGGCAGCGUGGGGGAGGGGGGAGAAUUCUUAGGAAACCAAUGAGUGACCCAAAGCCCAUCUUUUCAAAAGGAACAGUGAAAAAAACAACCCUUUAAACAUCUUAACAUCUAUGGGGAUUUUAAAGAGUAAUUUUGACUGGUUAAAAAAAAAGUAGCCUUAACCCACAACAUUAAAAUCUUAAGCCAAAAUUAAAUGAAAAGUAUUUAAUUCUAAAAGCAGAACUGAAACAAGUAAGCUUUCACAGAAUAUAUGCAAAACUUUUUCAUAUUGCUGGAAAAAAGGAUGCCGCCUCAGUUUUCACCAACGUUACAGCCUCGAAGGAUCCCCAUGGAUGGAGUCAUAUUCACCUCUCUGAGCUUGCUUUCAUGCCUUGCUGUCCCAUCCACUAGUGUGGGAAAGCUCACAGACAGAAAGCAAAAGCAGAAACAAAACUGGAACAAGCUAGUGUGGUGUAUAUAUGGCUUCCACUGGUGCUUUGGUCCUCCAUUUUAGGUGUUUGGAGUGAGGCAAUUUAGUCAUAAUCUCACACUGCAGUUAUGAAGUCACUUUAUAUGCUUAAGCUAAACACAACUCAGUGUUGUUCAGUGUUUUCUCUGCAAUUAUUGCCAUGAUUGUUUGCUGCUGCUGCU